GGAACUAAAUUAACGGGAGGUCUGACUACGAGGGGAGGGGGCUCGCUAUCCAAACCGUGAAGAGAUCGUGGGGUCUCGCACUGCGCCAUUCGGCUGCGGCACGCGUCUGUCUGCCGCAGCUGCAGCCAGGAGAGGCCUUGCCUCCUCCGCUUUCGCCCAGGCCAACACCGCCGGUGCCACCUCUGCUGCGAUCGCCUCAGCCCAGCCCCGCCCCGCCCUGAGCUACUGCUGCCUUCGCCGCUGCCGCCUCCGCAGCCCGGGCCUCCGCCGCUUCCACCCAAGCAUCCGUGAGUCAUUUUCUGCCCAUCUCUGGGCGCGCGGUCUCGGCGGUAGUCACCACCCUCAGAGGUUUGCAGGCUUGCAAAAAUGGCAGAAGCGGAUCCGAACAGGGUCUCGGAACCUGCCGCCCAGGGGGUUGAUGAAGAGAUGAUGGCUAGCUCCUCUAGCGAUUCUGGGGAAGAAUCUGACAGCAGCAGCUCUAGCAGCAGCACUAGUUGCAGCAGCAGCAGCAGCAGCAGCAGUAGCAGUGGCAGCAGCAGUAGCCGCAGCCGCUACUAUAGAAAGAAGAGGGUACCUGGGCCUUCCAGAAGGGCGCGGCGGGCUCCGUCGGGUAGAAGUUUCGUGGAUCAGCUGCCUCGGGCAGUUCGAAAUCGUGUGCAGGCGCUCAGAAAUAUUCAAGAUGAAUGUGACAAGGUAGACGCCCUGUUCUUAAAGGCAAUUCACGAUCUUGAAAGAAAAUAUGCCGAACUCAAUAGGCCUCUAUAUGAUCGGCGAUUCCAGAUCAUCAAUGCAGAAUAUGAGCCUACGGAAGAAGAAUAUGAAUGGAAUUCAGAGGAUGAGGUGUUCAGCAGUGAUGAGGAGGUUCAGGAAGAAGGUCCCAGUGAAAUGCCUGCCUUGGAGGGUGAGGAAGAAGAUGACCCUAAAGCAAACCCCGAGGUCAAGGCUGAAGAGAAGGAAGCUCCUAAAGAAAAUCCAGAGGCCAAAGCAGAAGAAAAAGCAGAGUCCAAAGAUGUUCUGGAGGCCAAGCCUGAAGGGAAGGAAGAGCUUAAAGAAGCCCCCCAGGCAAAGGCAGAAGAUAAAGAACAGCCCAAAGCAGCAGAGGUGAGGGUAAGGGCUGUGGGAAAAGAGGCUCCUAAAAGAGUUCCUGAGGUCAGGCCUAAAGAAAGAGCUCUUAAAAGAGCUCGUAAGGGAAAGCCUAAAAGAGAGGAUCCUAAAGGCAUUCCCGACUAUUGGCUGACUGUGUUAAAGAAUGUUGACAAGCUGGGGCCCAUGAUUCAGAAGUAUGAUGAGCCCAUUCUGAAGUUCCUGUCGGACGUGAGCCUGAAGUUCUCAAAACCUGGCCGGCCCAUAAGUUACACAUUUGAAUUUUGCUUCCUACCCAAUCCAUACUUCAGAAAUGAGGUGCUGACCAAGACAUACAUAAUAAAGUCAAAACCAGAUCACAACGAUCCCUUCUUCUCUUGGGGAUGGGAAAUCCAAGAUUGCAAAGGCUGUAAAAUAGAUUGGAGAAGAGGAAAGGAUGUUACAGUGACGACCACCCGGAGUCGCAUGACUGCGACUGGAGAAGUUGAAAUCCAGCCAAGAGUGGUUCCUAAUGCAUCAUUCUUCAAUUUCUUUAGCCCUCCUGAGAUUCCUACAAUUGGAAAGCUUGAACCACGAGAAGACGCUAUCCUGGAUGAGGACUUUGAAAUUGGUCAGAUUUUACAUGAUAACGUCAUCCUGAAAUCAAUCUAUUACUAUACAGGAGAAGUCAAGGGUACCUAUGAUGUUGGUAAAGAUUAUGGAAACAGAAAAUAUAGAAAAUAAAAAAGAGGCUGCCUGAAAGAAUUGGCAAGAAUCUCAAAUGAGUGAAGCAGGUUUAUAUAGCCUUGGGGGGAAAAUAAAACCUGCCCUAUAACCUUAACACUAGUAUUUCACACAGUCUUGUGUUUUCAUAUUUUCUUGGUAGCCUAAAAUAUUGUCUUAAAGUGUCUAAGUAUCAGUUUAUUCUAUCUAGCCUGUUGUAGUGUAAUAUUCUUCAAAAUAUGUAAACUGCUGUCAGUUAUCUAAAGCAUGUGAGUUUGGUGCUACAGAGUUUUGAUUUUUGUGAAAUUCUUUUGUCAUAUUCCUCUUAGAAUGCAGCUGUGAAAACUGUCAGAAUUGUUAACUGAGACAAAUAUUUGCUUGAAAAAAAAAAGUUCCUAAAGUAUCAAUGCAAGUGUCUUUUUUUUUUCUUUUUCCAGCCCAGAAGACCAAGGGUUUAAAUCUGCUUGCACUAGCUGUGCCUUCAUUACUUUGCUAUAGAAAUACAGUAUUAUACUAACUAGAACAGUGCAUUGUGAAAUUUGACUGCUUGAAAAAAGAUUAAUAUACAAUUAAUAAUGAUAAUGUCCAUCAAGACCAUACAUGAUAUGACUGUGAGCUUGUUAAUGUGACAUAGUGGUUUACAAAUUUAAGCAUAACGAAGUUACUGUUUACCACUGAGGUGUUAAUAUGACCUAGUAUUUAAAGAAAUUUGCUCCUCUUAUAAUGUGUAACUGUAAACUAAAGGUACUAACCACAUUUUCUUUGUAAUAUGUUCUAUUUUGCCUUUCACUGGAAAUGAUCACUUUACAUCCUUUGGUUUUUUUUUUUUCAUGUUCUUCUUGCAACCUAAAAUAAAUAAAUGUCAAAUAAAGUGUAUCGUGUUAUAAAAAUCUA